AUGUCUUGGAAUACAAUCGAAUCGGAUGCGGGUGUAUUCACUCAACUAGUGCGUGAUCUAGGUGUCUCCGGAGUUCAAUUUGCAGAAAUUCCAAUAUUGGAUUCACUGCAAGAUCUUACAGGGAUUUUGUAUGGUGCCAUCUUCUUAUUCAAAUACGAUUCAACAGACUACGCCAAAAACGAGCCUUUACAGGGUGAAUACGACUUUGACUAUCCUGACUCGCUAUUCUUUGCCAAUCAGACUAUUCAAAAUGCUUGUGGAACACUGGCUGUACUAAACACCCUUUUAUCACUAUCAAAUGACCAUCAAGAAAUAAAGCUCGGAGAAACGCUUUCAAACUUUCUAAGUUUUACGUCCGCUUUCAAGGACUCAGAGCUACGUGGAGAGAGUAUCUCGAACUCGGACGAGAUCAGAAAUGUUCACAAUUCGUUCUCGAGCCCUGAUCCGUUCGUGAUGGACGAGGCGUCGCAAAAUUCUGACCGCCCCUCCGCCGAAGUCUUUCACUUUGUGAGCUUCAUCGAACACAACGGUGUCAUAUAUGAGCUGGACGGUUUACGCCCGGCUCCUAUAGUACAUCGCGCAUUCCGAAACGAGAAGCAAGAGAGCUCCAAAUUCUCACAGAAUAUCGUAGCCGUAUUGCAACAGCGCAUGGGACUGGCACUGAACUCUGGUGGAAAGUUUUCAGUGAUUGCCAUACAUAGAGACACCAUUGAUCACCUUAACAGUUUGCGAGACCAAGGGGCUCUCACCACCAGUGACUACGACUUCAGCCUAGCUCAGGAAUUGACAAAAAGGGAUGCGUGGAGCAGAGAGAUAUCGUUUCGAAGACAAAACUUAUACGGUAUGGUAUUCGAGCUCACAAAACAAAUUGCUGGCAAUAUGACCGAAAAUGAUUUUGCAAAACAGCUUGCUAAGGCGCAAGAUAAUACUCGUAACCGCAUACAAAGAUACCAUCGGGAGAAUAAUGCGUAA